GCAUGUCAUUACAACAACCGGCAACUUGACGCUGUGGUUUACAUCCGGGUCGCUGACGUCGGUGUCCUAUUGGUUGGUGUAACGGAAUGGACAACAUGUUACAAUUCAUGAAACUAGUCGGACAGCUAAAACGUGUACCACGAACAGGAUGGGUGUACAGAAAUAUCAAACAGCCUGAGAGUGUGUCUGAUCAUAUGUACAGAAUGUCUAUGAUGGCCUUAACCAUACAGGACAUAACAGUCAAUAAAGAAAGAUGCAUGAAGCUGGCUUUAGUUCAUGACUUGGCUGAGUGUAUUGUGGGAGAUAUUGCUCCAGCAGACAAUGUUAGCAAAGCAGAGAAGCACAGAAGGGAAAAGGAAGCGAUGGUGCACAUCACAGGUCUGUUAGAUGAUGGCUUACAGAAAGAGAUUUACAACUUGUGGGAGGAGUAUGAGACUCAGUCCAGUCCAGAAGCCAAACUGGUGAAGGAGUUGGACCAGCUGGAGAUGAUAAUACAAGCUCAUGAGUAUGAGGAGUUAGAGGGGAAACCUGGAAGACUGCAGGAGUUCUUCACCUCCACUGAAGGCAGGUUCCAUCAUCCGGAGGUGUUGGGUCUGGUGAAGAGUUUGAAUGAGGAGAGAGCUCGACACAUCGCUGCCAAAGGAGAUGAUGCAGAGAAGACCACUGACACAAACCCUCACACCCUAGCGACACCAUGAUCUCAGUUCCUGUCAGGCUAUGAAGCUACCUCCACACAUCUGUACACAAGAGUGUUUAAUUUGUCAGGACUCAAUAUGUUUCCACGGUUGCAAUUUUGAUAAAAAUUCUGUUUUUUUUUAAACCAAAUGGAAAUGUGACCCUUUUUUUUAAUGUUCAGAAGUUGUUUUUCUUUCUAUUUGUAUUUUGAUCAGCAUUUACUGCCUUCCAGUAACUGAUGUCUCAAUAAAAAUAAUAUUUUAUACCAACUGAAACUUGAUUUUACUUU